ACUACCGCACCUGCGCGGCCAUCUUGAACCUCUUGUCAGCAGCGGACACAGAAAAGCAGAAAACGGACCUAAAUACCCCGAGCUAACGCGACGAAACACGGAUAUGUCCACUAGAAUCGAGGAUAUACGACAGAGCUAAGAUUGAAUUCAAACUAGGGAACUGCUGCGGAGACGAUACCACAGCCUUCUAAGUGCCUCGGAGACCCGGACCUUCAAGUCUUAUCUUUUUUUUUCCGGAGUAGGAAGGAAGAGUCGAGUCACCGACUGAAAAACACAUCCAGAGUGAAACCAUGAAUCCCGAAUAUGACUAUCUGUUCAAGCUCCUGCUGAUUGGAGACUCUGGAGUAGGAAAGUCCUGUCUUCUGCUGCGAUUUGCAGAUGACACCUACACAGAGAGCUACAUCAGCACCAUUGGAGUGGACUUCAAGAUCCGCACCAUUGAGCUGGAUGGCAAGACCAUUAAACUGCAGAUUUGGGACACAGCAGGUCAAGAGAGGUUUCGUACCAUCACCUCCAGCUACUACCGUGGAGCCCAUGGCAUCAUAGUCGUGUAUGAUGUCACAGAUCAGGAGUCCUAUAACAAUGUCAAGCAGUGGCUUCAGGAAAUCGACCGCUACGCCAGUGAAAAUGUCAACAAGCUUCUGGUGGGCAACAAGUGUGACCUGACCACCAAGAAAGUAGUGGACUACACAACAGCCAAGGAGUUUGCUGACUCUUUGGCCAUCCCCUUCCUGGAGACAAGCGCCAAAAACGCCACCAAUGUAGAGCAGGCUUUCAUGACCAUGGCUGCAGAGAUCAAGAAGCGCAUGGGUCCCGGGGCCACAGCUGGUAGCGACAAACCCAACUUAAAAAUCGAGAGCACUCCCGUCAGGCAGUCUGGAGGGGGCUGCUGCUAAAGGACCCCCACCAUCACCAUCUCCACUUCGACAUAUCCCUCUCCUCUCCAUCUGUGUUCCCCUGCCAUCAUCUCAGCCAUUCCCACACCCACCAUUCCACCCUCUUACCCACACCCAGCCCUCUGACCCCCCCUCUGUCAGCCUGCCUGGAGACACAGGAUUGUUGAGGCAAACAACGGACUGAACUGUAAGAGUGUUAAGAUCAGAGAACCAAUUUAAAGUUUGUGAGGAUUUAUUCAGACCUGUAUGCGCAACAAACAACAGAGAAGUAAACAACCAGUGUGUGAGGGAGGAACAAAAACAGACACCAGGGAAACUUUUACUUUCUGCCAAGAGGACAGAAAGAAAAGAGAUAUGGGGGAAAUUGAUAUUGAUUUAUAGUGGAGUGGAGGCAGUGGAAGAUGAAGUUUAGAUACCACACACACACACACACACACACACACACACACACACACACUCUCACAUGGCAUGGGGUUAAGAAAUAUAAGCCUUUUUGUCAAAUA